CAUGUAGUAAGACAACAUGAAAGAGAUCUCAUCGGACCUGCCAGAGACGGAAUAGAUCACCAGUGUGAAGUCAAAAGCCCAAGCUAAAGGACAUCAGCUCAUCAAAACAGACAAAAGACAUUUUCCUUCAAGAUGCACUGUCCUGUCAGCCAGGAUGCAAACCUCAGCCUUCUUACCCUAUCAAACCAAACGUCCUCGAUGACCUCUUUGAACAUGUUCACCAUUUCGCUCCAUGGCUUGUUCUCUUCCAUCGGCAUCAUAGAGAACGCCCUCAUCCUCGGAGUAGUGGGCUUCCAGGUCCGCCGCUCUGUCAUCAGCAUCUGGAUCCUGAACCUGGCAGCCUCCGACCUGCUGGCCACCGCCUGUCUACCCUUCUUCACCCUCUACAUGGCCCGCGGAAACACCUGGACAUUGGGCGCGACCUUCUGCCGCAUCCAUUCCGCCAUGUUCUUCCUCAACAUGUUUGUCAGUGGCUUCCUGCUGGCGGCCAUUUCUAUGGACCGCUGCCUGGUUGUGCUGAGACCGGUCUGGGCGCAGAACUACAGGAACGUCCAGCUCGUGGGGAAUGUCUGUGGGGUGAUUUGGGCCUUGGCUGUGCUCUUCACGGUUCCCUUCUACAUAUUCCGUGACACCUAUGCCCUCCCUAACGGCAAGAUCCUGUGUUACUACAAUUUCGCUCGACUCCUACCUGCUGAACCUUUUGAUCUUGUACAUUUGUGUAAUCAGCGCAAGGAGGCCUUGGCCUUUAUGAGGCUCUUUCUGUCCUUCCUGAUCCCUUUACUGAUCAUCAUCCUGAGCUAUACUGCCGUCAACAUCGGCUUGGUGCGCAGAGGCUCCCGACGUCCUUUCCGUUUUGUUCGGCUGGUCAUUGCCGUAGUGGUUAGCUUCGUCCUCUGCUGGGCUCCGUACCAUAUCUUCAUCAUCGUAGAGGUGAUGGCACCCACUGGGCAUCCUGCGCAGAUAUUCGCAGGCAGGGCCCUCCCAAUUUCAGCAACCAUCGGCUUCCUUAACAGUGUCCUCAAUCCGAUCCUGUAUGUGUUCAGCUGCCCUGACCUAUGCAAGAAGAUUAGACACUCUCUGAGCGCGGUGAUGGAGAAUGUUCUGGCUGAGGAUCUGGCAGAACUGGCCCGACGCCGCAGCACCGCUCGCACCUCCAUCAGCACCACCGAGAUUGUGUUGAAGCCGAAUGCUCUUACAGCCUUGUGUCUGAAAGCAGAGGAUCACGGAGUAGAAUUGGAAUCCUGCUAAACUGCCCAGAACAGUCUGAAAGUGUACCGUAAAUGUUCUUAUAGUUGCCCUACUCGUUUUUCUAACUUUUUUUAAUGAGUCCUAUAGACAGGCCUUUUAUUUGUUGUUUUUCGUGUGCUAUAGUUAAAAAUUCCUUUUGAUGCUGUUUCUUAUACCUCUUAAUUGUUAACCACUUUCAUUAGAAAGCAUCACUCUCGUCAGUACAACAAAAGAGUCCUUUAUACUCACCAAACUUCCGCUGGUAAUACAGUUUCCUUUCACCUCAAGUCGAGGCCUAAUUACGUAACUUCCACUUGGAUAGCUUUUUUUUUGUCAAGGUUAAACUACAGUCGAUACUUUUGCACAAAUGUAUCAAAUUAAAACAUAAUCUAGAAACGUAUUUUUUUAGCUAGCCUUGUCGAGAUGAAUAGCAAGCAGGUUUUAUUUUACCACAAAUACUGACAUUUAUUCACAAGUCAUGACAAUGGAAUUAAAUGAAAAGUUAAUGAAUAAUGAACAAAUACCCAUAAUAAAUCAAAUAAAUAUCAAUAGAUCAUCAUUAAAUUGAAAUGCAAUUAACCAAUUGAACUGGAAGCUUAGUUGGUAUAAAUGCUUCUGCUCUUGGCAGGCUUUUAUUUUGAAAAAUCAGCAGAAAGUGCUGAUUAAAUUAUCAUUAUUUUUCAAAAGGUAUAGUCAAAUCCAUUGGACUGUUGUUGUUCUGAUUAAGUGAUGUUGCAAUUUACAUUAUAAGAAGUGUAACAUGUGCUUUUACAUUGUAAAUCAUUCAAUCCGUCCUCAAUGCUUUCUACCAAGUUUUUGUAGAUGUAUUUGUAUGCAAUGGCAACAUACACUGCUAUAUUUAACAAUUUAUAAAUACUGGCUUUUAGUCUAAAAAUGCAUGGUACUUCAAGUGUGUGAACAAUUUGUUCAAACUUUUAGUCUUAUCUGACUGAUAAAUGCAUCUUUAUAAUACUGAAAGUAUAAGGAUUUAUUAAGCAUUACUCUACAGUCAGUACUGAAUACUUACACUUGUGAUUAUAGGGCAUUUCUUAACCUCCACAAUUACAUACAGGGUUCUGAAUGAUUUUCUUAUUUUUACUUGAAUGCUUAAUAAAUAUGUUAAUUUGUAUCACUUUCUCACUUUGUAAAAACGGUUUGUACUAUGGGUCACGGAAACAUAACGUGUCUCCUGCUAGAUGUUAUCAGUAGCAGCAGGAAAUGAGACAAGCAACACUUUAGAGUUAGACUAUGCUCUUCUUAUUUUCAUAAAUUUGCAAAUUGUGUUUAUAAUAAGGAAAAUAUAUCUUAAUUGUCCAUUAUUGCAUUCUGCACAUGUAAUUCCUUUGUUUUAAUGCUUUGACAUAUAAACAUAAAUAAAAAAGAGAAAAGACA